AUGUCGAACAACGUGAUUGUUAUGGUCGUCUGCUCUGUCCUUCUGCUGGCAAUGGUGGUUGCUCUCACUGUGGGUUUCGGGCGUUACGAUUAUAAGGAGCGCAAGGAGGUAAACUCGUCGGAGAAGGCCAUCAAAUCCAUAUGCCAACCCACCACGUACCAGGAGACUUGCAUCGAGAGCUUGGAGUCGUCUCCGGCCUCCAAUACCACGAACCCCAAGGAGCUAAUCCAAGCCUCCCUCGAAAUCACCAUUCAUCGCCUUCGCGACGCCAUUAAGAAGUCCAGGCAUUUGAAGGAGUUUGUGAAGGACCCGAGAUCGAAAGGGGCCAUGGAUGAUUGCCAGCUCCUGGCGAAACGUGCCGUGAAGGAUUUGGUCAGGACGUUCGAACAGUUCAGCGAGUUUGAUCUCUCGGAUUUGGAUAACUGGCUAGCGGAUUUGAAGACAUGGCUUAGCGGUUCGCUCACGUACCAAGAAACCUGCCUGGAUGGGUUCGAAGGCACCCCUGGAGACCACCAGGGGAAGAUGAAGCAGCUUCUCAACACUUCCAUGCAAUUAACUAGCAAUGCCUUGGCUAUGGUUACCGAAAUCUCUUCAGUUCUCUCGAAUUUGGGUGUGGAAGGGGUGAGCAGCUCCGGCAAACGGCGUCUCAUGGGACACCGCGGGGAUGAUAUGACCACGGGCACCACCACUACCCCGGACUGGGUGGACCCGGGCCGGCAUAGGCUGCUAACGGCGAAGAGGGCUGAGAUCAAACCCGACUUGGUUGUGGCCAAAGAUGGGUCGGGGAAGUACAUGAGCAUAAAUGAGGCGUUGGAGGAUAUCCCAAGGAACAAGAACAAGACAUUUGUGUUGUACAUCAAAGAGGGUGUUUAUGAGGAGAAAGUCGUAUUUUUCCGCAACAUGACACAUUUGAUGAUCAUGGGUGAUGGUCCAACCAAGACCAAAAUCACUGGAAGCAAGAAUUACAUUGAUGGGGUUUCCACUUUUCACACUGCAACCGUCGCUGCGUUGGGAGAUUUUUUCAUGGCAAGAGACAUUGGAUUUGAGAACUCAGCAGGGCCGGAGAAACACCAAGCUGUGGCACUGAGAGUCGGGGCCGAUAAGUCAAUCUUCUACAAUUGUCAAAUGGAUGGGUACCAAGACACUCUUUAUACGCACACCUACCGUCAGUUUUACCGCAACUGCAUAAUCUCCGGCACCAUAGACUUCAUCUUCGGCAACGGCGCCGUCGUGCUUCAGACCUGCACCUUUGUAGUUCGAAAGCCCAUGGAGAAUCAACAGUGCAUUGUUACGGCUCAAGGCCGCAUAGACCCACGCCAACCAACCGGCCUCGUCUUGCAAAAUUGUAGCUUCGUGGCUGACCCGGAGUAUUACCCUGUCCGGUCCAAGCUCAAAUCGUACCUGGGCCGGCCUUGGAAAGAGUACUCUAGGACUAUAAUCAUGGAGUCCUUCAUUGACGAUUUGAUCCAAAAAGAGGGAUGGUUGCUGUGGAAUGGAGAUUUUGCGCUGGAUACACUUUUCUAUACUGAAUAUAACAAUAGAGGGUCGUCUUCUAGUAAGGAGGAGCGUGUGAAAUGGAAGGGAGUGAAGGAGCUUCCCUUGAACAGGAUUGAACGGUUCACGGCAGCGCGGUUCAUCCAGGGCGAUGUAUGGAUUAAGUCAACUCGGCUUCCUUACAACCCGGGUUUUAUUUUCCCGCCACCCAAGCACAACCCUGCUGUUAAAUACUCGCCAGUGAUGCCUGAUGAAAUCAAAGAUAUGGGUGCUAAAGAAAAGGCUGCCUACGAUCCUCCUAAAGCAACCCCGCCACCGCCUAGUCAAUUUUCAGUUUCUUCAAUUUUUGGUGUGAGUGGGGGAUCACCUCCUACCCAAGAACCAGCUAAUUCUUCCAACCAAACUUCACCACCAACUUCCACUCCGGUUCACCCAUCGCCUGAAUCCACAAGCGGUUCAAGUUCAGCUCCGGUUCAAGCUCCAGCAUCAUCACUUGGUUCGGUUCAGGCACCACAUCAAUUCUCAACUACUGGACCAAUUUCAGUUACUCCCAUAUCAGCUCCUACUCUAGCUUUUGCACCAGCUUCCAGUCCAACGACAUCUCCUCAAUCAUCAAUUUCUCCGGUUUCAACUCCGGCUGAAGAUACUGCAUCAACUUCUAGUCCGUCAUCACCCGGUCCGGUUCAGGCAUCGCCUCAAUCCUCAACUGCUCCAGUUCAAGCUUCUGCAUCAACUCCUAGUCCGGUUCAAGCACCUGCUCCAGCCUCAGCUCCAGUUUCAAAUUCGGCUUCUACAUCAGUUCCCAAUCCAGCUAGACUUGGUCUGGUUCCGAAUUCUUCUCCCGCUCCAGUUCCUACACCAGCUUCUACCCCAGCUCCAGCUCCGGCUGGGCCAUCAACACCUCCAAGCUCAACACUGAUAUCAGCUCCAACUCCAGCUCCCACUCAAGCUUCUACUUCAGCUUCUAGUCCAGCACCAUUAGCCCCCACUCAAGUUCUAGUUGCAGCUCCACCUGGAAACCUGGCUACUCAAGUUCCGGCAGCGGCUCCACCUGGAAACUCGGCUACUCAAGUUCCGGCAGCAGCUCCACCAGGAAACUCGGCUACUCAGGUUCCGGUAGCGGCUACUCCUGGAAAGUCGGCUACUCAAGUUCCGGCAGCGGCUCCACCUGGAAACUCGGCUACUCAGGUUCCGGUAGCGGCUACUCCUGGAAAGUCGGCUACUCAAGUUCCGGCAGCGGCUCCACCUGGAAACUCGGCUACUCAGGUUCCGUCAACGGCUCCACCAGGAAACUCGGCUACUCAGGUUCCGGCAGCAGCUACUCCUAGAAACUCAGUUACUCAAGUUCCGGCAGCGGCUCCACUAGGAAACUCGGCUACUCAGGUUCCGGCAGCGGCUACUCCUGGAAACUCUGCUACUAAGGUUCCGACAGCAGCUCCACCAGGAAACUCGGCUACUCAGGUUCCGGCAGCGGUUACUUCUGGAAACUCGGCUACUCAAGUUCCGGCAGCGACUCCACCUGGAAACUCGACUACAGAAGUUCUAGCAGCGGCUCCACUUGGAAACUCGGCUACUCAGGUUCCGGCAGCGGCUUCACCUAGAAACUCGGCUACUGAAGUUCCAGUAGCGGCUCCAUCAGGAAACUUGGAUACUCAAGUUAAAGUAGCGGCUUCAUCUAAAAACUUAAUAACUACUCCUUUGACUCAAACUAAAGCAGGUCUUGGUCCUAGCCCAGAAGCAGGAAAUCAAUAA